AUGGAGAACGGCGGCCUCGUCGGUGAGGGGCGCCCGGAGGAUCGGGCGGGCGAGAACGGCGGAGUCGCCGAGGAGGAGGAAUCCGCCGUGAAGGCAGCCACUGCGGCGGAUGAGGGCGAUUGUGAUGUGGUGGUGGAGGGCGGGGAUGAGGGGGACGACGUGCCGCCGGGGCAGGAUGGUGGCGGGGAUGAGGUUGGGGAAGAAAACCGGGGCCCUGGAGAAGGUGCGGUGGAGUCUGCGGGGGUGGCUGGCGAUCACCAGCCAGUGGUGACGCCGAACACCAGAGUGGUGCUGGAAACCGGACAGCUUGCGGCAGAUAAGUGGGACGAGGACGAUACACCCCGUGUCGUUGAUGUGGAGGAAAGCUUUGCCGAUGACCUGAAUCAAGAGCAGGUCGCUGCACAAUCUGGGAGCGAGUAUGAAGAUGUAAAAGAUGGUACUUUGGUGUAUCAAAGCAAAAAUCAGCCAGGGAAGAGCACACAAGAGUUUGCUUCCUCUCAUAGCAGGCCAGAGUCAGUCACACAUUCUGCAGCUGAGUCUGCUGUCCUCAUUGAGGAAUUGGAUGACUCAAGCUCCUCAGAUGAUGAGAAUACCGCCACCUCUGCUCCCCCUGCACAAUCCUCAGCUGGUGGUUCUACACCUGCACAAUCCAGCAGUGCUGCUUCUGCUCGUUCCACUAAUGGUCCCUCUCUGCUAUCUCGUCCUGCUGGCCUUGGAUCAUCGUCUACCCUGUCGCAGCCUCCUGCCCGUUCUGUUCAACAGGUCCGUGCCAACAGGCCAUCCGCUGUGGAUAGGGGAACCCAGGAGGCUACUGAGUCUGCUGAGGAUGAUAGAGAUGAGAAUGAUGAAAUCCAUGAAAAGCUUCAAAUGAUCCGGGUUAAGUUUCUUCGCCUCGCUGACAGGUUUGGGCAAACGUCUCAUAAUAUGGUCGUUUCACAGGUUCUGUACCGGCUUGGGCUGGCGGAACAACUUAGAAGAACUACUGCUAAUGGGACAUUUAGCAUCGACCGUGCAAGAGAGAUGGCAGAACGUCUUGAAGCUGCUGGAAACGAGCCCCUUGAUUUUUCAUGCACCAUCUUGGUUCUUGGUAAAACUGGGGUCGGUAAGAGUGCUACCAUUAAUUCAAUUUUUGAUGAUACCAGGUUGGAUACAAACGCUUUUGAUUCUAGUACUAAGAAGGUUCAAGAAGUAGUUGGUACAGUUGAGGGAAUCAAAGUAAAAGUGAUUGAUACACCUGGACUUUCCUGCUCAUCUUUAGAACAACACCACAACCAGAAGGUUCUCAACUCUGUCAAGAGACUUAUUAGCAAAAACCCUCCGGAUAUUGUUCUUUAUUUUGAUAGGUUGGAUAUGCAGAGCAGAGACAAUGGUGAUGUCCCUCUGCUGCAAACCAUCACGAAAGUGUUCGGAGCAUCAGUUUGGUUCAAUGCCAUUGUUGUGUUAACCCAUGCUGCAUCUGCACCACCAGAUGGGCAGAAUGGAAUUCCUCUGAGCUAUGAGAUGUUUGUCACCCAGAGAUCUCAUGUAGUGCAACAAGCUAUAAGGCAAGCUGCUGGGGAUGUGCGUCUUAUGAAUCCAGUAUCCCUGGUGGAAAACCACUCAGCGUGCAGGACAAAUAGGGCUGGCCAGAGGGUAUUGCCGAAUGGACAAGUCUGGAAGCCACAGCUAUUGCUGCUUUGUUUUGCUUCAAAGGUGUUAGCAGAAGCCAAUGUGCUCCUCAAGUUGCAGGAUAGUCCCAUUGGUAAACUUUCUCGUACAAGGAUCCCUCCACUGCCUUUCCUGCUCUCUUCCCUUCUUCAGUCUCGUGCCCCACUGAAGUUACCAGAGGAACAGUUUGGUGGUGAUGAUGAUGAUCUUGAAGAUGAUUUGGCAGACGAUUCUGAUUCGGAUGAUGGUUCAGAUUAUGAUGAUUUACCUCCAUUUAAGCGUCUCACAAAAGCUCAGCUUGCCAAGUUGAACAAAGAGCAGAGGAAGGCCUAUCUUGAGGAGCUAGAUUACAGAGAGAAAUUGUUCUACCGAAAACAACUGAAAGAUGAAAGCAAACGUCGUAGAUUGAUGAAGAAAAUGGCAGCAGAAGCCAGUGCUCGAGCAAAUGAUUUCAGCAACGGCUACCUAGAAGAUGAUUCUAAUACUCCAACUAAUGUUUCGGUGCCUAUGCCUGACAUGGUACUGCCCUCAUCUUUUGAUUCUGACUAUCCUAGCCAUCGCUAUCGUUUUCUGGAUACACCAAGUGAAUGGCUUGUCAGGCCUGUAUUGGAAACCCAGGGCUGGGACCAUGAUGUUGGUUAUGAGGGACUUAAUGUUGAAAGGUUGUUUGCUGUAAAAGGUAAAGUUCCUCUAUCCGUGUCUGGCCAGCUUACAAAAGACAAGAAGGAUUUCUCCCUGCAAAUGGAGGUUGCAAGUUCAAUUAAGCAUGCUGAGGGUAAGACUACUUCACUUGGGCUUGAUUUGCAGUCUGUCGGCAAGGAUAUGGCAUACACAAUUCGUGGCGAAUCGAGAAUUAAGAACUUCAGGCGCAACAAUACAGCUGCUGGGAUAUCUGCCACGCUUCUUGGGGAUUCAGUAUCAGCUGGUGUGAAGAUUGAGGACAAACUGAUAGUGAACAAGCAGCUCAGGGUCCUGGUUAGCGGUGGGGCCAUGAGUGGGAGGGGAGAUGUGGCCUAUGGAGGCCGCCUCGAAGCAACAAUGAGGGACAAAGAUUACCCGAUUGGGCGGAUGCUUUCCACUAUCGCGUUAUCUGUUGUGGAUUGGCACGGGGAUCUGGCAAUUGGCUGCAACAUCCAGUCUCAGAUCCCUGCUGGAAGAGCUAGCAACUUGGUUGGCCAUGCGAAUCUAAGCAACAAGGGGACCGGCCAAGUCGGGAUUCGCCUGAACAGCUCGAGCUCGGAGCAUCUUGAGAUCGCACUUGUUGCCCUCGUACCGAUAUUCCAAAACAUCAGGAAGCUGUUACAGAAUUACUCAGAAUCUGGCUAG